UAUUUUGUCGAUUACAGAGACAAUUUAAUCUGAAUGGAAUGCACAAAUUUGGGGAUGUUAUUCUGGGAGGGAUAUUUGAGAUCAACUUUUUCUCUGCAUUUUCUGAACAUUUUACUUCAGAGCCAAACGAUCCCAUCUGCUAUGGCUUUGAUCUUGUAGGUUUCAGACAGGCCCAGACCAUGGCCUUUGCUGUUGAUGAAAUAAACAGAAACUCAAAACUGCUACCUAAUAUAUCGUUGGGAUACAGUCUUUAUGAUAGCUGCGGCAAACUAUCGAUCUCAUUCCGUGCAGCUCUGUCUAUGACCAGUGGCAGAGGAGAGCCGUUUCAAUUAAAUCAGAGCUGUUAUAGGAAUCCUCCUGUGCUAGGAAUUGUGGGAGAUUCUUCCUCAACACGUACUAUUGCUGUUUCUAGCAUGGUAAGCUUGUACAGGGUACCAAUGGUGAGUUAUUUUGCCACAUGUUCCUGUCUGAGUGACAGGAGCCGGUUCCCAUCUUUCUUUAGAACUAUUCCAAGUGAUGCCUUUCAGGUGCGAGCAAUGCUCCAAAUUCUCAGGCGGUUUAACUGGACUUGGUUUGGCCUGUUGAUCAGUGAUGAAGACUACGGUCGCCACGCCGCCCGAUCCUUCCAGGCUGACCUGGCCGAGUCUGGUGGAGGCUGUCUGGCUUAUCUAGAGGUUCUGCCAUGGGUGAAUGAUGUGGCUGAACUGCGGAGGAUUGUUAGCAUUAUGAAGAAAUCCACAUCCCGUGUGGUUAUUGUUUUUGCACAUCAAAGCAACAUGCUUAAUCUCAUGGAAGAGGUAGUAAAGCAGAAUGUAACAGGCCUACAGUGGAUGGCCAGUGAGGCCUGGACUGCAGCCAAAGUACUCCAUACUCCCAGCUACAUGCCUUUUCUUGCAGGCACUCUGGGCAUUGCCAUUCGCCGAGGGGAAAUAACAGGACUCAGGGAAUUCCUACUGAGGAUACGCCCUGACAAUGACACUCUCAGCAGCCAGGACAACAACAACUUAGUGAAGCUAUUUUGGGAGCACAUAUUCCAGUGUAAAUUUGAUUCCCCUGGAAUAGAGGUGGGAGAGAAUGAAAGACUAUGCACAGGGAAUGAGGUUCUAAGGAAUAUAGAGACUGAAUUCCUGGAUCUGUCUAACCUCAGGCCAGAGUAUAAUGUGUACAAGGCAGUAUAUGCCCUGGCACAUGCUCUACAGGACAUGAUGCAGUGUGUUCCAGGGAGUGGGCCUUUCAAAGGUCAAAGCUGUGCCAGUUUACAGGGACUAGAGCCAUGGCAGGUCAAGGUCAAUUUCAGCACAGAGUUUGGUGACCAAGUGUCAUUUGAUGAGAAUGGAGAUGCUUUGCCAAUCUAUGAUGUGAUGAACUGGAGGUGGCUCCCAGAUGGAAGAACAGAGGUUAAAAAUGUGGGAGAGGUCAAAGAAUUGGCUUCAAAAAUAGUUGAUCUCAUCCUUGAUGAAGAUAAAAUCUUUUGGAAUUUUGAAUCCAAAAAGCCUCCCAGGUCACUGUGUAGUGAGAUCUGUCCUCCAGGCACCCGCAUGGCCAGAAAGAAGGGUGAACCAGUAUGCUGCUUCGACUGCAUCCCUUGUUCAGAAGGAAAAGUUAGCAAUGAAACUGAUUCAACCGAAUGUACCAACUGUCCAAAAGAUUUCUGGUCCAACCUCCGGAAGGAUCACUGUGUACCCAAACGCAUGGAAUUUAUUUCCUACGUGGAACCCCUUGGAAUCUCCCUGACCACUGCCUCAUUAUUUGGAGCACUUUUAUGCACCAUUGUUUUGGGAAUCUUCACUCAUCAUCGGACCACGCCAGUGGUUAGGGCCAACAACUCAGAGCUUAGCUUCCUCAUUCUGCUGUCACUCAAACUGUGCUUCUUGUGCUCAUUACUUUUCAUUGGUCAACCAAGGCUGUGGACUUGUCAGUUGAGGCAUGCAGCAUUUGGCAUCAGCUUUGUGCUGUGUGUCUCAUGUAUCCUUGUCAAGACCAUGGUUGUUCUGGCGGUAUUCAAGGCCUCCAAACCAGGUGGCGGUAGCUUGAAAUGGUUUGGGGCAAUGCAACAGAGAGUGACUGUUGUAUUUCUGACUUUAAUACAAGCAGCAAUUUGUACAACAUGGCUUGUAUCUUCCUCACCAACUCCUCACGACAACACAGAGUACUACAAUGACAGGAUAGUAGUUGAGUGUGUAGUGGGGUCCACAGUAGGAUUUGGAGUAUUACUGGGCUAUAUUGGAUUACUGGCUAUUCUCAGCUUCCUACUUGCAUUCUUGGCACGGAAUCUACCAGAUAACUUCAAUGAGGCCAAAUAUGUCACCUUCAGCAUGCUAGUCUUUUGUGCUGUUUGGACAGCCUUUAUCCCAGCAUAUAUCAACUCCCCUGGUAAAUAUGCAGAUGCUGUAGAGGUAUUUGCCAUUUUAGCUUCUAGUUUCGGGCUGUUACUGGCACUAUUUGGACCAAAAUGUUAUAUCAUUUUAUUUAAGCCUGAGAAAAACACAAAAAAGGCUUUACUGGGACGAGGCACACCAAAAUCAUAAAAAAGUGAAAUGAUUGAGUAAAAUGUUUAUGGAUUUAGUCAGCUUAUUGAAAAUGCUAAUUCCAUUUUGUAUGCAUUUGUCAUGCUCAUUUUUUACCUGCAG